AGUUAGGUGAUCGUUCGCCGAAAUUGUUUGCUUCCUUUUCGUGUUCUGUUUGCGGUUCUCUCCGGGCAGCGCUUUGAUCGCGCGGAUAAAGUGUAUAGAGUGUGUCCUUGCGUAAAUUGCGUAACGCGCGCUUACGGGUGACGAGUGCUUUUUUUUUUCUAGAUAGGAAGUGCAAGUGACAUUCCCAUUUAGGUGGAGAAUUUUUCCGGUGAAGUGACUUAUUUUGUUUGUUCUGGCUCAGAACAAGGAGAAGAAAAUUUGUCUGCAAACUUUGAGAAGAGCUUCAAUUUCUGGAAAAAUGAACCUCCGAACGAGGGCCUUUGUAGGCCUGCUGUGUAUAGGGCUCGCGUCGGCCCAGCUUAACUACCAACCGGAGGUCCUCUCGGUUGGUCAGGGUUUCCGCGCUGCUUCGCAGUACCGAAGUAAAUCAAUUUCCAAGCGACAAGCUCAGGGUGGUGAUGGUACUGAUAUUAUACCGCAUGAUCAAAAGAAACAAACUACUUUCUGGUGGGUUGCGCCGGACUCUCCUUUCAAGGCUACUAAAAUUGGUGGUGGCGUUCAGACUCCUCCGGCUGCAGCUGGCAACGGAGAGGAUGGCGCUGCUGGGGCAGCUGGGAUUGCCGGGGCAACCGGAGCUGCGGGAGGAGCAGUAGGACAGGCAGGGCAAGCUGGAGGAGCAGCCGGACAGGCUGGAGGGGCAGUCGGACAGGCUGGAGGGGCAGCCGGACAGCCUGGUGGAGCAGUCGGACAGGCUGGAGGAGCAGCCGGGCAGGCUGGUGGAACAUUUGGAGCAACGCGAACUUCUCAGUCCAGUUUUCAGGCUUCUGCAUCCAGAAGUUUUAGUGGAAGUUCAGGGCAAACUACGAGACAGGCUGUUGGACAAACUGGUCAGUUUGGUGCUGGUGGUACUGCAACUUCGGUUCAGGCUACCGCAUCUAGAACAGUUGGUACCCAAACUGGAGUUGUAGGUCAAGGCGUUGCAGGACAAGGCGUUGGAGGCAUCAGCGGUUUUGGAACAACCAUCUCCAGAACUUCGACGGCCACUACCAGAACUUCCGGAGUUCAAGGGCAAGCAAAUCAAUUCGGUCAAAAUACGAAUACGCAAACCGCAGGUACGAACGUAGUUGCCGGUGCUGCAAGGACCAACACGGUGACGGCCACCAAUCAGGUCACCUCCCAGGGAGGUCCUCCACCGGGACAACCAGGUAUUUCCGGUGGUGUAACAACGACCAGCUCAUUCCGGAAAACCACCGCGACAUCCACGACCGGCGUAGCUCCAGUGCCCGUUCCAGCUCCGCCACCACCAGUUUAUACUAAUACUAAUACAGCUACUACUAUCUCUAGAAAUACUAAUACGGCUACCAGCAUAACCAAUACGCAGCAGCAGCAGCCGCCGCCGCCGCCUCCUCCUAGAACUUUCCAAGCUAAUACUAACACCGCUACAACUUCUACCUUCGGGACUACCAGAACCGAUGUAACCGGUACAAGAACCGACCAAGGGCAGCCUCCUAUCUCGCCAACAUCAGGAAUCGGAGGUUCCACUAUCACACGCCACCAGGAGAACUCUGGCGCGGGAAUCAGCACACACACCAUCACCAGCGGUGUCAACGUGCAGCCGUUCUUCAAGAAGACCACCGUCACUUCGCAUGGCUACGACUAUCCCGUUCCGCAGACGGUCCCAUGCUACGAACCGAACAAGGUUUGCACACCGAACGAGUACUGCUCCAACGGACUGGUACAAGAAAGCCAACUGAAUCUAUUCAACACCAACAACCAGAACUGCAACUCAGCCACCGAGCAGUGUUGUAAGAUUCUCCCAGCGCCACCACCAACCCAGUGUCCGGACAGCUCCUACGUCUGCGUUUCGCCCGACUUAUGCAACAACGGCCUGCUGGACUUCGAUGCACAGAAUGCAAUCCCGCCACAACCGACCGGCCAAUGCUUCGACCCGGAAGUGUGCUGCAAGACCCAAUCGCUGAUCUCCGAAUCGACCGUGCUCACCAAUGAAGGAUACGUAGUAAGAGUACCAGACAAUCAAUACCUUCCUCCGGAAGGUCAACAAUCAGCCACAAACAUUCAAACCGCACAACCACCACGACCACCCACUACACCCCGCCCACCACCACCCACUACACGUUAUGUUCCACCACCCACCACAACACGUUACGUACCACCACCAACCACAACACGUUACGUACCACCUCCAACAACCACACGUUACGUGCCACCACCAACCACUACUCGCUAUGUACCACCACCAACCACCACGAGGUACUUCCCCCCUCCGACCACAACGAGCCCUUCAUAUCGCGGUGAUGAGUACAUCCCACCAAGGGAAGAAAUUCCAGCACCCUCCAAUACCGAUCCUAAUGCGGUGAGACCUCCACAGGAUGAAAACGAACUACCGAGCCCGGCCAACGAUACACCAGCGUUCAUCCGGCCGUCGCCACCACCGCGUCCGUUUCAACCACGACCAAAUCAACCACCAGUCGGAGGAAAUGCUCCUCCACCACUGCCACCAGUAGGAUGCUCUGCCGCCAUGAAUUGUACCGAGCGUGAAUUCUGUUCAUCAACCGGUGUCAUCUCCAAGACCCCCGUCGUCCUUACACCCGAGCAGGAACUGUUCCGAGUCCCCGUCACCGAAUGCCGCAACCCCGAGAGGGGCUUCACCGGAGUAUGCUGCCGUGAUCCGGACUACGUCGAUCCAUGGCCAGUAGGUAUGUUGGGACUGUACAACCCGGAGAUCCUUCCGUUCGAUGAUGGCUCGUACAAACCAAAUGGCAACAAUGGCAACGGCAACGGCAACGGCAACGGAAACGGCAUCGCAAACGGAAACAGCAUUCGUAGUCAGCAGACCACUCGGAACGAAGCGAUCCUAGCUUCGCCGAGUCGAGUCACUGCCGCUCAGAGCUACGGACCAAACCAAAUCACCAGUGCUAGUCAAAAUCAGUACACGCAAUCGAAAUCACAGUACGAUCGUGGAGUAACAGCUGCCGCUUCGUCAACGUCCACGACUGCAAUUCAGAGACAGCAAACGCAAAGCACGAGCAGCACUGCCGCGGGCAGCAGUGGAACUAAGAGGUUCACCGCAGGAGGAUUGCAGUUUGUACACAGCGGAAACACCAGGUUCAAGCCAUUCCAGAAGCAAUCGACAGCACAGUGUGCGCCUAGGAAUUAUAACACGCAACCACGUGGAUCCGGACCAUGGGAUACCGGAUUCGGAGAGUUCCCGUGGCAAGCUAUGGUCAUUCUGGAAUCGAACAAGACGCUGCUCUGCGGAGGUGCUAUCAUCUCGGAGAAUACAGUUGUGACGGCCGCUAACUGUGUCUAUGGACUGAACCCACGUGACAUUAUGAUCAAGGGAGGUGAAUGGCGAUUGGGAGUUGAUGCCGAGCCAAAGACAUUCCAGAUUGUGCGAGUGAAGAAUGUGAUCUACCACCCGGCUUAUCAACCAACGACGCUGAACUACGAUGUUGCCAUGCUGGUGCUUGAGGAUCGCCUCAGAUUCGACACCCACAUUGGAUCGCUGUGCUUGGAUGAAAGCGAUGUCGUGCCAAGUGCGUCAUACGAAAACUGCGUUACCACCGGUUGGGGCCGUGAAGUGCUGAAAAUUCACAUCGGAAACGCUCUGAUGCAUUACAUGCCAAUUUCGCUACUAUCGGAGUCCGAAAGCCAGCGUCAGUUGCAGAGCAAUGGAUUCACUCCGGAAUCACACAUCUGCGGUCGUCCAACGGCCGAUGCUUGCGAUGUAGAUAUCGGUAGUGCGUUGGCUUGUGCUGACACCAGCGGAACGUACUAUCUGAAGGGUGUCUACUCGUCGGACAAUGGCUGUGGUCGACCGGAUCAGAUUGUGUCGUUCUCGAACAUCGACGUGCAAUGGAUCAAACAGGCGCUGAAGAAUCCCAACCAAUUCAUCACUCCGGUGCCAAAUUACCAGACGGCAGCUAACAGUCCGGUGAUCAGCACUGUUCAGCAGCCAUCGACGCUGGGGCCCAACUACGGCAACGCCUAUUUGCCUCCAUACAAAUAAACUGACAGUAGAACCCCACUGAGAUAUGACAGAAUUUACUAAAUGCUUUAGAUAGAACCUAUUGUAGCCGAUAGUGUUGACGAAGUGACCACACAAUGUUUUACCAUACCUAGACAUCGAUAUACAUCCUACCGUCAUUCAUUUGUUUAACCUCCCAAAAUCGAACCUUAAAUUUAAGUAUUUUUACAUGCAUCUUGUUGUGAUUUGUACGGAAAAAAAAACAUCAGAGAAUCAUGCGCAAAUUCUUCAUCAGAUCAAAAAUGAGCAACCUACACACUGACAUUCAUACUCGAACAAGGAAGUUUCGCUUAGGUAAAUCUUUUAUUCCUAGUGGUUAAAUAUAGAAAUCGUGUAGAACAAAAGUCACUCUCUACCUUAGCCAAAAUCGAAGAUCACAUAUAAAGAAGACUGGUCACUCUCCGGUUUUCUCGUACGACCGCUGUAUUUGACUAUUCACUCUCUUUAAAUUCUACGCAGUGACUGAUUAGGACUGUAUAGCUCUCUUUUUCUUACAUGGAAAUGUUACUCAGUUGCUGUUCAAAAUGGAGUUUACUCAGUAAACUGAGUAGGUUCCCUUUUGAUCUGCUACUGAGCCACUGUGUUGAAUUGAAAUCGAAUGUUGGAUUCUGGAUAAGCUACCAGUUUUCUUUGUAUGAUCUCUUCGCCAAUAUCCUGCCCAGUUUACCCUUAACAAAAAAGAAGAAAGUUUUGCAAAAAUUCGCACGAACCCUUAAAAUAGACCAAACGGAAACAAAUACUCCCAAAAGUAUGAAACCCAACAGCACUACCACAGCCACCACCACAUCAUACGCCAUGUACAAAGCCCCAUCUUUCGCUAAUGUUUAGUUUAGAACCGUUUGUUUCAUGUUUUUUUUUUGGACCACUACUGACUCUAAUUUUGUACCUUUCUGCUUCCCUAUCCGCUCAAAAUCUUGGCACAAAUUUAUCAAUUAUUCCAAAAGUAAAAUAUUAUAAUCAAAGAACGAUCCAGCAAAAUUGCAACUAUAAUUUAAAACAAAAAAUGCAUUUUCAAAGUGAGAUAUACAUACAGUAUUCCAAACCGGAAACGGAAUAAUAAAUGACGGACAGGGGAAAGAUUUUAAAACGGAUGACGUUUUUGACUAACGACUAUUAGACCGUUAGGAGUUUAUGUAUGUAAGGCGAAAGCAAUCCCAACGUUCGGUAGGAAAGUUUUUAAACGUAAAUUAGGAACGACCAAGAGAAAACAGCAGGGCCGGGAUAAGAUACGCAUGAAGCAAAACUUUGUUGAUGGAUGAAGACACAGGGGAAAAAAAUAAAGCGAAUCGACGUACCCUACCCCCCAAAACAGUGAAACGAGUAUAACGUAAAAUAAUAAUGAUAUUUUUAGUAUUAUUUAAUUACCUGUACAUAAAUUUACUACUGUAAGAAAAUUUUAUAAGAAAAUAA